AUGAGCAAUCGUGGCGAUCAAGUUGGCCGUCAGCCUUCGCUACCCGCACAGCCUCCGCCGCCAUAUGAAUCGCAGACUGAAACAGAAAAGGAGCAAACCACUGACCAACCUAAACAAAUAUGUCCUAAUUAUGUAUGGGGGAGAUGUUCAAAAAAUGCACAAUGUAAAUUUCGUCAUGAACUUGACUUCGAGGAAAUGGAAAAAAUUCUAAAAUUUUGCCGCGACUAUCAGAGUAGAACUGGCUGCACACGAGAAAACUGCAAAUAUCUUCAUACAACUAGGGAAGAAGAAAAUUUAUUUCUUACCACUGGCCAAAUACCUCGAGUACUUGCUGAACGCUAUGCUACAAUGUCUGCUUCAGCAAAUUUAGAGAUUGUUUCUCAAAUUACUAUGUUUAUUAAGAACUCAACGCCGACCAAAUGCAAAGCCUCCCUGGCACCAGCACCUCUUCCUUCCCCAGUACCACCACCCCCAUCUUCUCGACCUGCACAUCCUGCACCACUGCCAAUUCCAGCAAUACCAAUGAAGCCAGAAAUGCCUUCCAUACCAAUCCAACACCUUCCUCCUGCUCUAACGUCUCCAACUGUUCCAUCAGCGACUGUCACAUGGAUCAUUGCACCUGUAUACACAGCACCACCACCACCUCAACCACCACAAACUAAUCUCAUGGUUUUCCCCAUAGACCAACCUCCACCACCUCUGCCAGUUAUGUUUGAUGCAAGAAGGCCUCCACCACCAUUACCGACUCAAGUAUUAUCAAAAAGUGCUGCAGUUAAACACAAAUCACCAAAUUCUUGUGAAGCUGGACCAAGCAAAAUAAGGAAGCCAGAGGACUGCAAUUUUGCGGAGGCGAAACGCUUGAGCUGUGUGGAACGCGAGAUCAGGAAUUCAUAG